AUGUCGCUUGACAGUAAAAAUCUGUUUUCAGAGUCCUAUUUGCAGGAAAUUCUUGGCUUCACGCCACAAGAGAAAUGUACCUUGAUCAAUUCUUUCUGGCCUCAGCUGAAUCUUUCAGAAAAUACAUACAGCCACAAGAAGUACGCAAGCUUGCUACAAUUCUGGGGCAGCACGCUGCAGAACUUGCAUCCUCCUAACUCCAAGUUUGCGACAGAAAAGUGGGGUGGCCUCCUUGCUAUAGUGAAUGAGCUGAGGUCCGAUCGAAAUGGGACAAGGGAAGUGUUAGUCGCCAAGAUCAAGAAGACAUACCUUAUGAACUUCAGCAAUGAGACUAUUUCGGGUUCCAUGGAGCUUGCAGUCCGGCUCUGGCUGGGGAUACAUGUUUACUCCAACGAGUCGCCCAAUUUGCUCAAGAAUCCAAUGGAUACAUGUGUCCCUUGGGCGGAUGAUCAAUCUUUGGGGGAAGCAAUUGCUGUCCACUUCUCUCAGAAAGCGAAAGCAGCACAGUCCGUGCAAAAUCGUCCACUUGACAUGUCGUUCACUGCUAUGGGCCUAAAGAACACGCACCGAUUGGAUCUACUCUGGACCGACAACUUAGUGGAUCAUCUGAAGCUUGAAGGAUCCACUGGAGACCGACGAUUAUUCAUCUACAAACAGAAGACUUGUCUUGUCAACCAUCGAGACGAACCGACAUCAACAAUUGUUUCAAAAGACGUCUUGAAUGAAACUAUCAGAACCCUCGAUCUCCUGUUUCCCGCUGGAGACGAUCAGGCACGAGAAUUCUUGAACGAGUCCAAGGUGCAAAUGUGGAUACUAGAUGGAUUAAUGCAACCGCGGGCGACCGAGCUGGAUGACUUCAAGUACUGGAAGAGCCGUCUCGCACGAUUACUGGAUUUGUUGAACAGUCCUCCGGAGACAGUGCUCCAGGCGCUGACGGAUAGGAGAAACCCCGCCGAGUUUGCAACAUUAUGGGUGGCUGUCUUCGGAGUCUUCUUCCUGACGAUCAUGUUUGGCGUCCUCUCGACAGUCUACUCGGUCAAACAAUACCAUGUCGCUGUCGAUUCAUACAAGCUUGCCCUUGCGCAAGCCUGCCAACAAACUUCCCCACCGUUACCUGGCUAUUGCGCUUAG